AUGUCUACCAAACUUUUUGUCGGAAACCUUGCUUGGAACACAACUGACGAAGUCUUGAGGUCUGUGUUCGAGCAAUACGGUACUGUUGAAGAAUGUAUGGUGGUUAAAGACCGAGAAACACAACGAAGCAGGGGGUUUGCCUUCGUUACAUAUUCCAGCGCAGAAGAAGCACAGACAGCAAUGAAUGGGCUUAAUGAAGAGGAGGUUGAUGGUAGACGCAUCAGGGUCGACAGUGCAUCUGCCACUGGCCGCCACUAA